AUGGGGUAGUCAUGUUGCUCAGAUUAUAAGAUUGAGAAAUCAAAAGAAAUAAAUUUUACAUAGCAAAAUCCUUUUAAUUAUGUCUAAUAGGAUAAUAUUAAGAAUCAAGAUUAUUGGUAGAUUUAAUAAAAUAAUGAGCUUCGAUUAAAACUUCUAAAGGCAAAUAUCUAGACAUCUAAAUCAACUUUAAAAAUUCCAGUGAUUAAUAAUGUAUAAGUAAAAGAAACUUAAUAAAAAUUGGGAGAAUAUAUGAUAUCUACUUCGAUCAGUAAUGAAGGAAUAGAAAUUACUCCUCCAAUAUAAUUUGAUAAUGGUUCAGUAUAUGUUGGGGGAUUAAAAAUGGAUUAGUUUUAAGGAUAUGGAGAAUUAUAUUGGGAAGAUGGAACACAUUAUUGUGGAUAAUUUAAUAAAGGUUAUAAAACUGGUUAUGGAAGAUUAAUAUAUAGUGAUGGGGAUGCUUAUGUAUAAGAUAAAUAAUAUAAAGGAAGGAGAAUGGUUAGAGAAUUAAAUACAUGGCUAAGGAAAAUAUUGGUAUGCUAAUGGAGGAGAAUAUGAAGGAAGAUUUGUGUAGGAUUAAAAAGUAAAUAUAAUAUAUAAAAUAAUAGCAUGGAUUUGGAAGAGAGAAAUAUGUUAAUGGAGAUAUAUAUGAAGGAGAAUUUUAUUAGGGAAUAAAAAGUGGAAGAGGAAAAUUAAUUAUGAGUCAUGCAACUGUAGAAGGAUAAUUUUAAUAAAAUGAAAUUAUUGAAGGUGAAUAUAAAUGGAAUGAUGGAAGAAGAUAUGUAGGGUAAUUUAAAGAAUCUAAAAUGCAUGGAAAUGGAGAGUUUUGGUUUCCUGAUAAUCAAUUUUAUAAAGGUUUAUGA